AUUUUUAAUAUUCAGAAUUCCUGCGAACGAGUCGCCCAUCUAUCAAAACCGUCCAUUCAAAAGCUUAAUUUUUGACUGUCAUUGAUGCAUAGUAGCUGAUUUUGUCACGGACUAUUGGAUAUCCCCAAGAUGCAAGUGUCGCAGUACCGAGGGGUGCUGUAUCUGCAGUACUUCCUCCUCUUUGUAGACCUCUUCAUCAACGCAUUCUGUGACCUUCUUCGAAUUGACAAUGUCACCCAGCUGGUCCUGUUCAUAAUCCAAGAUAUCUCCCAGAUUUUUGCAACCAUCGUCAUCUUUCUCAUGUUCUUCAACACGUACGUCUUUCAAGCCGGGCUCGUCGGUUACCUCGUCUCCAAGUUCAAAUUCACCAUCGUCAUUUUGUUUUUAUACUUUAUGCUGUGUGUGGGACUACAUGUUUGGACAAUGACGUUACGAUGGAACAAUGUGGAUGCCUAUAUCUGGAACAAUGGUUACCAGGCCCUGUACGUCUUUCAAAGAGUUGGUGCUGUGUUUUACUACUACUACUACAAGCGCACAGCGUUACGGCUGGGAGACCCCCGCUUCUACCGCGACUCCAGGUGGCUCCGUGAACAGUUUGACAAAGUCAGAUGAAGAAGGAUUUAACUCCUCCGCUUUUCUCCCACCAUCUCUCUGUGAAAUAUGUAUAGUAUUUAUGACUUCUUGUCGCAACCGUCUUGAUUUUUGUACUGCGACUUCUUGUCCCAACCGUUUUGAUUUUUAUACUGCGCAAUUGGACGUGGAGAUUUGAACUCCACCCAUGUUUGAACGUGAUAAUAAAACAGUAUAUCUUUUCAAAAUGAACAAAUCUUUGUCCAUUAUUUGGUUUGUGAUUGAGUGAGUUUAA